AUGGAUAUAGAAGUCUUUGAAAUAGACUCAAGCAGUGACGACUCUGAAAAAGAAAAUAUCUGCAACUACAGCAAUGACCCUGUAAUCAUGACAUACAAAAUAAAAUCUUGCAUUCCAAUAAAAGAAUCAGACUACUCUAGACUUAAUCCUAAACAGUAUUUAAAUGAUAACGUAGUUGACUUCUUUCUAUUGUACUUUCUCAAUGAAAGUGAAAGAAAAAGUAUUCACGUCUUCAAUAGCUUUUUUUACAAAACGCUGGAAAAUGAUGGGUAUGAAAAGAUCGCUAAGUGGGUUAAUGAAAAAGAAAUUUUUGAUAAGGAUUAUUGGGUUAUCCCUUUAGCCAUUAAUAAUCAUUGGGUGUUACUUGUAGUUUGCUAUCCAAAAUGCAUUUUCUUAAAAAAUAGAAAAGGAAAGCAAAAGAGGCCCCAGAUUUUGCUGUUUGAUUCGUUGAAUAUUAUAGAAGAAGAUCUUGGAGAGAAUGUGAGGUAUUUUAUAGCAAAUGCAUGGGCAACUCUUAAUAAUGAAGAUUACUGUGAAAUUCCAGAAAAGGAAGUACCAUUGAUAGCAGUAAGAGUGCCGCAGCAAGAAAAUCUAUUUGAUUGUGGGGUGUAUUUGAUAUUUUUUGCUAACCCCCCUCCGUGGGCUAAAAUAAUUGUUUGCUUUCGAUGGGUUAAUUUUUAAUAUAAAUUUUAUAAAUCUUAUAAUAAAAUUAUUUUUGAAAUUAAAAAAAUUCGCAAAAAUUAUGAUGCAAAUAAUAUUUAAUUUGUAAAAUUUAUGUUUUAAAAUACAAGCUGUUUAAAUUAAACAGAAUUAGUUCGAGAUUUCGUUAUAAUUAUUAUCACUAAUAUAUAGUUUUUCAUAAAAAUUUUUUGCUCACUCAUGGAAGUUGGCUUUUGGAAGAAAAAAAAAAUUUUUUCCAAUGGUUUUGUUCGCUUACGGAGGGGGAGUAAGGUCUUCAUGCGUGCUCCAACAAAAUUUGAUUCUGCCAAUACCAAAAAAGAUUUUUCUGAUUUAUUUAAAAUAGAAGAGAUUGAGAGAGGAAGAUGGGAACUCAAAAAUAUUAUUAAUCAAUACUCUUCAGGUGAAAGAGUAAACAAAGGUGUCAAUAUAUUCUUGAGCAAGAGCCUACUAAAGGAUAAAACUUAACUUAACUAAUUUAACAUAAAUGGCUUAAAGACUUUCAGAUUUGAUGCAUCUGCAUACUUGUGGCUACUGAAUCUGCUUGCCAGAGGAAUUCAGUCGCCUGAGCACUGUCUCAGCGGCAGCCUGCUUCUGGGCCUGGGACUUGCGCCGAUAUCCCUGAGUCUCAACGGGUUAGAAAAACUCUUGCUUUACGUCUUGCGGGUACUAUAGAGUAAAGGUUAGCCGAUGCCUCCCUGUCGACUAUCUCGAAAAAGUGUGAAAUCAAGGAAAAGAACCAGGGAAAGAAACUACAGCUCAAAAACCAUCCGGAUAACUAAAACCUGGAUUGAAAUGGACUAGCUGGCUCCCAAGGUUUACCAACCCCAUACAGCCUCUCUAGGCAAGCUAAGGUUAGAAUUAAAGGACCUGAACCUUUGUUUAGGCUAUGAAGCCAUUUUGGCGCCCAAAGUAGUGCGUCGCCAUCAAAAUACAUAUUUCAUUGCCACGACAUAUUAAUUAUAAAGGAUUAUAAAGAUAGUGCUCCAGCAAAACUAAGGAGAAUUGAUGAAGAUAAGAGUGUUAGAGUUAUACCAAGCAAAACACCCACAAGACAACGUAAAAUUAAAGAUGGUAAGGCUAGUAAAGUAGUUUCAACGAGAAGUUCUUUGAUAACACCUAAACUAGCUGGCCCUCAAAAUAAACCCAAAAAUAACGCGAAAGCCUCUAUCCCAGCUUCCCCUGCACCUAAGAUAACUAGAAAAGCAAGCAGAGCGGCAAGAAAUAGCAAUAACACUAAUCAAUUGUUAGAAAACAAUAUACCUAUAGCUGAAUCCCCAGCAAAAACUCCUCAAGCGAAAAAAUCUCCUAUUAGUCCAUCUACAAAGGUUCCAAGAAAACCUCCUAAAGCCACUAAUAACCCUGAUUUACAGCCUUCUAAAGCAAGAAAAGAUGCCCCUAAGCCUGCAAAAACUUCAAGCACAAUUACUCACAAGACUUCUCCAAAGUAUACCAAUCCAAUGCCUGACAAAAAAUACCCAAAAAGGGAACGAAAGGCUAAUAUAUGGUUAAAAGAUUACGAAAUCGAUCUGACUCCUGCCAGAAAUUUACCUCAAAAAAGGCCAAGAGGUAAAUAA